CUUGCAGUCACCACGGCCGUCCGCGCCACGUCCUCUGAACCCGCCGUGUCUUGUCCCGAGUCCUCUCCUCCUACUCUGAUGCUCUGAAAGUCCUGACCCCUUCCCCACAAUACGCUGCACAACGCGAAGCAACGAAACAUUCCCGAAGUUGACACGAUCACCACCUGCGCUUCUGCACAUACGCGACCCGCCCAUCCUCUGUCGCGUAUCUACUGCACAAUCCGUCCUUCUCGAAAGCAACUCCCUCCCCGGACGCCUCCCCUGACCUACCAUGGGCGCCGGCCAAUCCACCUCGCAGGCGCACCCGCCCGAGCAAGCCCUGCACGUCCUCCGCGUCACCCCGCACUCCCCCGCAUCCCAGACCGACAUCGAGCCCUACUUUGACUUCGUCGUCGGCUUCGAGGGCGACACGCUCGACGGGCACACCGCGAUCGACGCGGCGAAGCUGGAGGCCAUCGUCGAGGCGCACGAGGGCCGCGUCCUGAACCUGCUCGUCUGGAGCAGCAAGCGGCGUUAUACGAGGGUCGUCCCCGUCACGCCCUCACGAUCGUGGUCGCAGAAAGCGGCCGCGCCGCAGGGCGCGAAGCCCUCCUUGCUCGGCCUCAGCAUGCGCAUGUGCGAGCCCGAGGCGACGAUGGACAACGUCUGGCACGUCCUCGACGUGAUCGAGGGCAGCCCCGCCGAGUCCGCGGGUCUUGUUCCCAUGGGUGACUGGGUCCUCGGUUGGUCCGGCGGCGUGCUGUCGCAGGAGAACGACUUUUAUGAGUUGGUUGAGGCGCACGUCGACAAACCACUACGCGUCUACGUCUACUCCCAUGACUUCGAUGCCCUACGCGAAGUCGUCCUCGUGCCAAAUCGACACUGGGGCGGCGACGGAUUGCUCGGUUGCGUUUUUGGCUUCGGUCUCCUUCACCGGAUACCUCCCCAGCCCGAAGGCAGGCAGCCUGGCACGACCCCGCCCGAACUGCAAGACGGCUACGACGACGCGAUCUUCGUGCCCGCGGACGAGGGGUACGACGACUACUCGCAAGAACAACAAGACCUGUACGCGCGCGAACAGGAGCACUACGCCCGGCUGCAGCGCGACACGUACGCGCGGGAGCAGGAGCAGGUGGGCGACUGGCGGCAGCGGCAGCAUGCGCACUGGCAUCCGGAUGGGACGGAGAGGCGCUCGUCGGACACGGCGAGGACAUCCGAAGGGCCUCCACGUCGUACCCCGGACGGUCCUGAACGUCGUGCCUCGGACGGUCCGGAAACAUCACGUCGCACCCCCGACCUCACGCGCGGCACGCCAGAGUCGGCGCACCGGUCCUCUUAUUCCAUCCCGGAGGUGGAUGAGGAUGAGUUGCAGUGAGCUGAUGGCCUUAGUGGCCGAGCGCCGUCAUUCAGUGAGCGCCGUCAUCGAAUGAGCGCCCUCAUUGAGUGAGCGCCACCAUUGAGUAUGGACUGUAAAUUAUCGCAUUGAAUGCUAUGGGAAUAUGAUGGGCGUUUGCAAGGGAGACUGGGCAUUUGCAUAGGAGACAGUGCGCUUGCGAGGGGGUAGCGAAGACAAGACGCUUGUGCUCGAGUAGACAUCCAGAUCUGACUCGACAGCGCAGAAUUGGCCAGACCUGCCCUACUGAAUCCUGAAGGCAUCGUAAUAAGGAGUGCGAUAGCCCACGGCAUGGUACGUGCGCGUCAGGCCCUAUACGGUUUUUUACUAUACUAUACGCUCGGCACCCCACCCAAAAAUUCCGCCAUCUCCCUUGCGAGCACAUCAUGCACCGC